GCAGUGCAUGUGACUAUGUGAGUGAGGUUUCAUUUCAUCCAGUGCCAGAUCUGCUGGGCCUCCCUUGUAGCCCUGCUAAUCUAUCACCAUUCACCAAGUUGCAAGUUUGCAACACACAAAAGUCUCCAAAAAUCCAAAGCUCCAACAGAGCGAGCUACACUGGUAUUUCCGACUGACCGGACAAAUUCCUUGCUGUUCCUGGCCUAAUUCGGAUGCUGUGGCAGUAUAGGGACCCCUGUACUGUAUUACUUCUGAUGUUUCAGCAAUUCUGUAUGUUUCAGCAAUUCUGUAUAUAUAGGCUUAACUUCUUGCCUGCCAAAAACAGGAUCGUUGCACGAAAUACGGCGUUAGCCGUAGACCUCCUAACAGCAAAUCAAUCAUUUGGGCAAAGGCACACCGACCGUACUCAUCAUCUACGCGCCCACAUGGCACUGAGGGCCAGCAAGAUUCAGUUUCUCUCAUGCUUUCCUCCUGCAUGCAUUGCUGUUGUGGGCAGCAAAGCUACAAUGCUGACCAGAUCCCUCUGUGGCUCUGUUCAUGAUCAUGUGAGAAUUCCAUCAUCCAUUAGGCCACUGAUAAGGGUUGUGGGGGGUAGAGGACGAGACCGGCAAUGCUGUCCUGGUGGUUUCCAUAUCCAUGCCAAGGUAGGCUUGGCUCGGCAGGGCAAGCCCUACCUGGCCUGGCCAUUGCCGGCCCUGCCUGCCCAUUGACAUUGAGGAUGAUGUGGGUGUUGGUUGGGACUCGCUUUUCCUCUGACAACAUCAUGGCUAGGCUUAGCAGGAUGCGUCUCCUGGUCUUUGGUUGGUUGGCCGUUCGUCCGAUUCUUCCAUGUGCUGCAGCUGCACUGCUACAUGCCCGUGGUACACAACCCAAAUGGCUCAUCCUGUUGCUGCUGCGUGCUGGCACAGAGCAAUCAAGAUGCCCCUCUCUCGUUCUUCCAGCUCUGGUCCUGUGCUGGGCGGUGCAUGACCGAGUACCUGGCGCCAUUGCUCCUCAUCUUUGACCGGAGCUGGCCUUCUCUCUCUGAAGUCUCCAAUGGAUACUGCCAAGAGCUCUCCAAAUUCGACUCAGUCGCCGGAGAUUACAUCGAAGGAAUUGGAGGACCAAAACAAUGUGAAGGUGAAGGUAUUGAGUGAGAGGCUAUCAUCCGUGGUUCUGGAUAUCCGUGCAAAGGAUGAUCUCGUGAAGCAGCAUUCCAAAGUUGCAGAGGAGGCCGUUCUAGGAUGGGAAAAGGCCGAGAAGGAGAUCGCGUCACUGAAGGCGCAGCUGAACGCUGCAACGGCCAAGAACUCUGCGCUGGAGGACCGGCUCGUUCACCUCGACGGCGCCCUCAAAGAAUGCGUCCGGCAGCUCCGGCGCGCCAAGGACGAGCAGGACCAGACGGUGCAGGACGCGCUGGCACAGCAAGCGCGGCAGUGGGAGUCCCAUAAGGCCGACCUCGAGCUGCGCAUCGUCGAGCUCACGGCGAGGCUGGAGGCUAAGUCCGAGCGCUCGGCGGUGGCCACCACCGAUGGCAACACCGGUUCCAGGCUAGCCGCACUGGAGAAGGAGAACUCGGCGCUGAAGGUGCAGCUGCUCGCCAAGACGGAGGAGCUGGAGCUCAGGACGAUCGAGAAGGAGCUCAACCGGCGGGCUGCGGAGACGGCCAGCAAGCAGCAGCUGGAGGGCAUCAAGAAGGUGGCCAAGCUCCAAGCUGAGUGCAGGAGGCUGCAGGCUGCGGCACGGAGGCCCCCGGUCAACGUCGAGCUCCGGCGAUCUCCGAGCUCGGCCGGCGCCGAGUCGGUCACGGACUGCCAAUCCGACUGCUCCGACUCAUGGGCCUCGGCCCUCAUCACCGAGCUCGACCAGUUCAGGAACGACAAGAGCGGCGCGAGCACACGGACCGCGAGCCUCGCGGCCGCGGACAUCGGCGUCAUGGACGACUUCCUCGAGAUGGAGAAGCUUGCCUCCGCCAACGGCUCGUCGAAAGGCGACGCCGUCGAGGACGCGAGCGGUCAGCUGUCGAAGCUCGAGGAGAAGGCCAGGAAGCUGGCAGCCGAGAAGGCCGAGCGGGAGAAGGCGCUGCACGAGGCUCAGCGCGAGCUGAGGACUUGCCGCCACCGGGUAAUGGUUGCUGAGGAGAAAUCAGCUGAGCUACAGCGGCAGCUGAACCUUGCCAAUGGCGAGAAACACGCCAUGGAGGCCGAGGUGGAGGCUGCUGAGGCGAAGAGAGGAGAGCUCGAGGGCAAGCUCGAGCUCGCCCGUGCCGAGAUCGCGGGCUUGCUGGACAAGGGGCGCAUCCUGGAGGAACGGCUCGAGUCCGAGAAGGCGCUGACGCUUGAGCUCGCAGCCAAGUACCAGGACAUGGAGGCGCUGGGGGCAGAGAAGAGGGAGUUGAUCGCUCAGCUGGAGACGUCACGGUCCGAAGCCAAGAAGCUCAGCGACAAGAUCGCCCUGAUGGAGAGGAAGCUGGAGGUGGAGAAGGCCUUGUCGAUCCGGCUGGCGACGAAAUGCCAUGGCAUUGAUGCUCUGGAAGCAAAGAAGAAGGGAGUCGAGCUGGAGCUGGAGUCGGCACUCGAGGAAAUCGCUUCGCUGCAAAAGAAUGCCAGUAGCCUGGAACUGCAAGUCGAGGAAGAGAAAGCGUCGUCUGCUGCACUCGCAAUCCGGUGCCAAGAACUGGACGAGCUUCGAUCCCAGCUUGAGUCUUCAAAUGCACAGAUCGUUGAUCUGAAUGAGAAGGUUAAAAUGCUCGAGGACGUAAUCGAGAAACAGAGGCCAGUGACGACGGAGUUGGAGUCUCAGCUUCAGUCGAGACACGCUGAAAUCGGUAGCCUGAAGGUGGAUAUGAGCCUGUUGCAGAAGAAGCUGGACAGCCAGAAGAACCUGUCAUCAGCUUACAUAUCUGCACUGGGUGCUUCUGAAACUGAGAAGAAGGAGCUGGCUAGUCGGUUCGAGCUCAGAGAGAAAGAAGCCGAGGAAUUACGUGGGAAGAUGAGCUUGCUGGAGGAACAGAUCCAUAAAGAGAGGGCACAAUCAUCCGAGUUUGCGGUAAAAUGUCAGAAGAUGGAAGAACAGAUGUCCUACAGAUCUCUUCUUGGUCACCAACCAGUGAAAUCUGUGGCAAUCAAAGAUCUUCAGAUCAGAAAGGAGACAGAGCUGGCCAAGGCUGCAGGAAAACUAGCCGACUGCCAGAAGACGAUAGCUUCACUGAGCACCCAGCUGAAAUCGUUGGCCGAUUUCGAUGAACUCCUCCCUGAAACCGAGACCAGUGGCACUGACUCAGCCGAGGCCUGGCACAGCGAUCUGAAGCUGAUCCAUCCUGCAACUGCAAGUUAUCCCACACAGAUUGGUUGUUUGGCAGUCACAUGAUUCACUACCCUCGUUGGCAAGUGGGGCAGCGAAACUGUUUUGGCUUGGCUUCCGCCGCAUGAUUGCUGUGAUGAGAUUGCCAUGAUCUUCCACCACAUGUCAUAUAUAGUUAAGUUAAUAGUUUAUAGGUGAGCAAAUGUUCAUAUGCAUGCUGUUUAUAGAGUUGGUUGGUGAAGCAUCAAAGGAACUCAUAUUGAAGAUUAUCUUUGAUCUUCCCAUUCUCGAACGAAAUGGCUUUUACCCGACAUGUGUUUUCCGUC